CGGAAAUUUGGCGGGAAUGGUUGCCUUUCAAUGAAAGGAAAAUGAGAGAUAUUUCCAACCCAGUAAAAUAUCUCGUGAAUUGUUGAAGAUGGAUAUUCGUAAAUUUUUUGGGUCGCCACCUGUCAAGAAGGCAAGUGGGUUGGAAAAAGUGAAAGAGGCUAACAACAACAACAACAGCAUUCCGGCGAAGAAAGCUGAUAAGAACUCCUCAGCAAAGCACAGAGAUGAGAGGAAAAAUCGGGAUAAAAGUGAAGACCGCAAAGGAGACAAAGAGAGUGAAAAUGAAGACCGUAAAAGAGAUAAGAAGUCGAGGAAUGCUAGUGAGGAGUUUACAAAGGUUACUGAUAAAGAAGAGAAGAUGAAUACGAGAAAGAAGAGAAAACACUCUUCUGAUAAGGAGUCUAGUGCUAAAAAGAAGCCUAUUCAGGUUACCCUUGGUGACAGUGACGAUGAGUUUGAUGAAGUCAUUAAGAAACGUAAAUCUAAAGCUGGCCGUAGGAAAGGCAUUGUGUAUGAUUCAGACUCAUCAGCUGAAGAGGACCCAGUGCCUAAGAAAUCCAAACGGAAGAGCUCUGAAUAUCAGUCUGUGGUGAUAGUGGACUCAGACGAGGAUUGUAGUAGAAAGACCAGAGCCUCUCCCCUAAAGGCCUUCAUGAAGAAAACCCCCAGUAGACCUGUAGCUGAAGUGAAGAAGAAAGUGGAAGAACAAACAAAGCGAACUCCUGUCAGUGCUGCAGAUUUCUUUGGAGGUGGGAGUGUCAAGAGAGUGGACAGAAAACCAGCGAGUAAAAGAAAACUGGAAGAUGAUUCCAAACCCUCAAAUAAUGUUGACGAUGAAAUUCAUGAGGAUGCAGACUUUGAGAAAACAUUGGAACAGCUAGAUGAGCAAAGUCAGAAGUCCAAGAAGACAAAAACAGAAUCUUUGUCUUCACCUCCAAAGAAAGAGACAUCUCCGUCCAAACCUUCACUGUCGAAUAGACUGUCAUCUUUGGCGAAAUCAUCGAAAGUAAUGGUGGAAGACACCCCAGAGAAAACAAAAGCAGCACCUGUUAACCAAAGAUCGAGUCCAAGGAAGUCUGUGGUCACACCUAAAAAGCAUGAGACACCUAAUAAAUCAGAAACAAAGAAAACUUCACCAGGAACAAAUGCAGGACCAGCCAGUGCUAAGACGCCAUCUCCAGGGAAAUCCCCUGUUGAGAGGAAAGGCAGUGGUUACCGUAAUUACCUGAACAGAGAAGGACCAAAGUCGUUGGGCUCCAAAGAAGUACCAGAGGGUGAGCCAAAUUGUUUAGAAGGACUGACUUUUGUUAUAACUGGUGUUCUGGAAUCGUUUGAGAGAGACGCGAAGAGUUUGUUAGAGAAAUAUGGAGCAAAAGUCACGCAAUCUCUCAGCAAAAAGACAAGUUAUGUUGUGGUGGGAAGAGACGCAGGUGCAUCCAAACUUAGUAAGGCUGAACAGUUCAAGACAAAACAGCUGGAUGAAGAUUCUAUGUUAGAACUCAUCAGAACUUUACCUGGCAAGAAAUCAAAGUAUGAAAUUCAAGCUGAAGCUGAACUGAAAAAGGAGAAAUCCAAAACUCCAGCUCCAUCCACGCCUAAAGUAGAAGAAAAACUGCAGGCAUUCAAGUCCUCAUCUUCAAAGAAUUUGCAGAAAAUUGAAACACCUAGCAAAUCAGCAUCAGUGAAAGAAGAGAAGUCAGUGUCAUCUGACCAAUCAGAACCCUCUUUACUUUGGGUAGACAAGUACAAGCCGACCUCUUUGAAGAAAAUCAUUGGUCAAACCGGUGACAAAAGCAAUGCUGUCAAGCUCAUUCAUUGGAUAAGGAACUGGCACAAGAACAGGGCCCUCGGCAAGAAACCUUCAGGAGGAUUUUUUGGGAAGGAUGAUGGCUCAGGGUUCCGAGCAGCGCUGUUGUCAGGACCUCCUGGGGUGGGGAAAACCACCACAGCCACACUUGUAUGUCAGGAGGCAGGGUUUUCCUAUGUGGAGCUGAAUGCAUCAGAUACACGCUCAAAGAAAACGCUGGAGAAUGUGGUGUCUGAAUCUCUUAACAACCAGACACUCGUGGACUUCCUGGGUGAUCAGAAGAAGACCACCAAAGGUCCAUCAGGACAGAAUCACUGUAUUAUUAUGGAUGAAGUGGACGGAGUGGCUGGCAACGAGGACAGAGGUGGAAUUCAGGAGUUGAUUCAGUUGAUCAAGCAAACAAAGAUUCCUAUCAUAUGCAUCUGUAAUGAUCGUAACCAUCAGAAAAUGAGAUCCCUUGUCAACUACUGUUUUGACCUGCGCUUCUACAAACCAAGACUGGAACAAAUAAAGGGUGCCAUGAUGUCCAUUGUAUUCAAGGAAGGCUUGAAUAUCCCCCCUCCAGCAUUGAAUGAGAUCAUCCUUGGGGCUAAUCAAGAUGUUAGACAGGUUAUCCACAACCUGUCUAUGUGGUGUGCCACCAGUAAAUCUCUGACCUAUGAGCAGGCGAAGGAAGACUCCACGCGUGCCAAGAAGGAUCUAAAAAUGGGACCAUUUGAUGUUUGUCGGAAGGUGUUUGUGGGCGGAGAGGAGACGUCAAAGAUGACCCUAAUAGACAAGUCAGAUCUUUUCUUCAACGAUUACAGCAUCGCACCAUUGUUUGUUCAUGAGAACUACAUCCAUGUUACACCAUACUCAGCCAGGGGCAGCAAUAUACGGCAUCUGUCACAGCUUGCCAAGGCAGCAGACAGCAUUUGUAACGGUGACUUGAUUGAGAAGAAAAUACGCUCUCAAUCCAAGUGGGGUCUGCUUCCCAUGGAGGCGAUCUUUGCUAGUGUGAUUCCUGGAGAAGAGAUGAGAGGUGGUAUCUCACAGAUGAUUGCCUUCCCCAGCUGGCUCGGGAAAAAUUCCACGCAGAAUAAAAAUGACAGAAUUUUACAGGAGCUUCAUACUCACAUGAGUCUACACAUUUCUUCCGACAAGAGAGGCUUGAAUUUGGAUUACCUCCCUUUUAUGAGGAAAUCUCUAACAGAUCCCCUGGUGGAGAGAGAAAAUGAUGGUGUGAAGGAUGUGAUAGAAAUGAUGGACAGCUACAACAUCAUCAAGGAAGACUUUGACAAUGUCAUGGAGGUCUCUAAGUGGCCGAAUAGUUCUGAUCCAUUCUCAAACCUAAGUUCAAAAACCAAAGCAUCUUUCACGCGGGCUUACAACAAGGAAAGUCAUCUCACGCCAUACUCACUUGGAGGCGGGACGAAGAAAAAAAAAGGAAGAGGGGGUGGGGCUGAUGAGUCUGGGUUGCUAGGCGAAGAGGGUGAGGAAACCAAGGCGAUGGAAGAAGAGGAAGAGGAGGAUAAUGACCUUGAAGAUGGGAUGAUCAAGCCCUCGUUUCUGCUGAUAACUUUUCAGAUGAAAAAAUCUGCAGGUGGUAAGAAUGCAGCAGGAGGGGGAAGCACAAAGGGAAAACAGGCCAGCGAGUCAAAGGGCAAAGGUCGGGGCAAGGGCAAAGGGAAGAGCAAAAGCUGA